AAAUCGACUAUUACAUUCUGGGGCUGGUUUGUCAGAUUAUUGAUGCGGUGGUUUGAAUCACGUUUGAAUUUAAGUGCGGAGCUCUAUAUUUCUUUUAAAAUCUUUUAUUCAACCACAAUACUCCAUAAAUGUGUUUUCGUAUUGUGUGUUAAUUAAGUGAAAUCUGUGUUAUCAAGUGUGUAAUCAUGGUUUUGGCCGAAAGAAGUAAUGAUGUUCGAAACGGGAAGCGGUCAAGGGGGCCAAGCCCCAAUGGCCAUGGAAGUCCAGAUUCCAGUUCUGAAGAUGAAAAUGUAAUACCGUUUGCAGCUGAGAAGAUAAGAGUGGGCAGAGAUUACCAGGCAGUGUGCCCUGAACUGGAACCAGUAGAGCAACGCAGACCAGAACUUAUUUCUGACAGAGCUUUAUUAGUUUGGUCACCCACCUGUGACAUAUCUGACGUCAAAUUGGAUGAAUAUAUUACUACAGCAAAGGAGAAAUAUGGUUAUAAUGGAGAACAAGCAUUGGGGAUGUUAUUUUGGCACAAACAUGACCUCAACAGGGCUUCAAUGGACCUUGCGAACUUCACUCCUUUUCCUGAUGAGUGGACUGUGGAAGACAAGGUUCUCUUUGAACAAGCUUUCCAAUUUCAUGGCAAAAGCUUUCACAGAAUUAGGCAAAUGUUGCCAGACAAAUCGAUUGCAUCAUUAGUAAAGUACUAUUAUUCGUGGAAGAAAACAAGGGCUCGUACUUCGUUGAUGGAUGUUGUCAGUGAAGGUCGCAAUGCUACCAGCUCUGGAACUGGCAAGCGUGAAUCAGGUGCAGCUUCAGAACCAGGCGGUUCUGACAAGGAUUCAGACAAUGAUGAGAAGGGCGAGGGCGGCGGCGAGAGUGCGGGCAAGUGGUGCACUGUGUGCGGCAUUCUGUGCAACCAGAUCACGGCGCACAAUUCGCAGAAGUUGUGUCAGGCAUGCCUCGUGCACGCCAGACGCACGGGGACGAUGCGACCGCUGUGCGGACCGUCCGGCAGACGCGGUCCGGGGUCCAAACAGCAGCGGUACAAGCAUCGGCUGCCGCGCGGUAUUUACAUCAAUCACGAUGAUCUCGUCGCCAUGGCCACCGGCCCUCAGCCUGGAGAUCCCCCGCAGCCUGGACUUAUCAAUCAUGGCGAAGCUAUGCUCAAAGCUAUGGACAGAGAAGUUAUAUCUCUAAAGAGACAAGUGCAACAAAACAAACAGCAACUGAGUGCGAUGAAGCGCAAAGUGGGCGAUACUGGUGUAGAAGAGUUAAGGCCCGGUGAACCGCCAGCGAAGAUCAACUCUCGCUGGACUAAUGACGAACUACUCAUGGCAGUGAGGGCCGUCAGAAAGUACGGGAGAGACUUCCAAGCUAUCGCCGAAACACUGGGCACGAAGACUGAGGCGCACGUCCGUUCUUUCUUCAUUUCCUAUCGCCGUCGAUACAACCUGGACGCCAUGGUGCGCGAACAUGAAGCAGAACGUGGUAACGCCCAUCAUAUACAAGCCGGUACCACAAGCACAGAAUCUGCUGAGACAGGCGACAACGCUAACAAUGGCACAGACUCUUCUCAGACUACGAACAAGGAUGAAAAAAUGGAGGUAGACAGUGAAGGCGUCGCUAUAGGAGCGUCCGCGGAGGCAGGCGGUCCCCCGACGACCCCGCCCAAGCACAAGCCCGCCAAGUGAUGCGGCGGCGCGCCCGCGCGACACACUCGCGCCUCGCGGCCGUCGCACGCCGCGACCUAGUGUCGAACGCGCCCCAAACUUUUGGGUAUCGCACCCCAUUCCAUGAAAUCAUAACGUGGCGGGAUACACCGAUUACUAUUAUAUAAGACAAAAGUAGGUUUCGUUUAUUAUAUCUAUCGAGUAAGAAAACGAGUACGUCUCCUUCACACGCUGUAUAUUAAAGUGUUGUUUUCUGUAUUCAAUCUAAAACACCGACAGACGUAAUUGCACAACUCGUAACCAUGUAACCUAUUUUAAUGGUGCAGAAUAUUAUUAUCAACUAGACGUACUAAUCAUAAUGUCUGGUUGAUUAUAAACCUUGAAAUUCUGAUGGCAUAGAUCAGAAAUAAUGUUUGUAUACGCUUUAGGGAAGCAUCGGACUUGUGUAUAUAAAUUAUAAUGUAUGCUAAUAGGUUAGUUUCCAGAUUAGGGAGCUUGUGUAAAGAAUGUAAUCGUAAGUGUGUUCCUGUCUCUGGUUUCUCUAUGAGGUACACAGAAGAGCUGUGCUCUUUUAAUGAGCUGUUGUGCUUUGUCCAAUAUUUCUUCAGAGUUCUCAAGUGUGAUAGUUUAUAGAUUUAUAUUAUGGGAUAACACAUUAAUCACUUGCCUUAUGUAAUAAGUUCGUCUCAUGUACUCGCAUGUUUACUAAAUAUGGCUUAAGUAUCACAGGAGAUAUAAUUAUUCGAAUCUUAACUAGGCCCUUCUGUGGUGUUUAUUCUUAGGCUAUGAAGUCACAGUGCUGCUAUUACCCCUUCUGCCGCGGUUAUAGGACUGUAACUCGCGUAAAAUGUGAUAUUGAAAAUGUGAUGCUAGGGUCAUGAGUAACAACCAAGUAUUUUUCCCUCACUACUUCUUGAAAUAUGUAACGACUACAUAAUUGCGGUUUUGUGAGUUUUCAAAUUAAUCAGAUAUCCAAGCGCGACCGGCGCGGUUAUAGACCGCUCUGUGACUUCUUAGCCUAGUAGUUUUCUAUAUAAAUGAUUCUAAGAGAUAAUAGUAGCUAGAUAUUUUUAUGUAAGACUUAUUAUUUUAACGAUAAGGAUACUAUCAAUUUGGAAUGUUAAGUCCAGCCGUAGUUUUAGGUAACAAGCGAAAAAUGUUUUAGUGGUUACGCAAAUUUCUAUUAUGGAUACUCAUAUUAUAGGUAAAAUGGCAUUUAUAGUCGCGAAAAUAUAAAACUCCAAAAUAAAGCCAUUGACAAACCGCUUGGUUCAAUAAAAGCAAUAUAUCGAAUAAUACAAUAUUUGUUAUGCACAUGUAGAAUAGCUAUUUUAUUAUACAUUUUAAUUAUAUAAAUUUUCCAUACAUUUAAAUAGAGCGAUAUAGAGAAUUGACGAUAUUUUUGUACUAGUAAAUGACCUCCCGAUGAUUAGGAAAUUUUGGUGUGAUUAUUUGAUGUUUUUUAAUGAAUGGUAUUGACUUUAAUUUUGUAUUUUUUUUAGUGUUAUGGAGUAACGCGUUUAUAGCAUAAUUUACGGUAUAAUUUUAAAUAAUAAUAUAAUAUGUACAUCACAAAUGGGAUGAGCUAUUCGCACCGGUUGCCACGAAACCGAAGAUGAAUCGUUACCGAUAUAUCAUUGUUCUUAUUCAAUGUGACUACUUGGCUGUACAUAAUUAUGUAGUAUUAUUUACGAAUAAACUUCAGACGGUGCACUCGGUACUGAAAUUAUGUUAUACUAAACUGAGGUGAAGUUUUUCCACAAUUCAUUUCAUUAAAUUCAACGUCCGCCUACAAUUGACGUAAGCAAUAUUUUUUAAUUCAAUUAUUUAAUCUAAUAAUAUCGAUGAUGGAAAAUAUUAACUGAUUACAGAUAAGUCUGUAACGAUUUUAUUGUUUGGGAUAUGGGUUUAUAAUAAUUUGUGUAAAUAUUAUUAUGUUCCUCAAUGUUAAUAUAAUUUGUACCUAAUUUGUGGUCAGACAAAACUGGUUUACUAGAUUUAGUUUGAAAUCCUUAGCUUAUGAACGGCGUAAAACCUUAAUCACUCCAAAGAGAUAUCCACAAAAUGAAGUCAUCUUAUUUAUUGACGCUAAUUAGGGCUAGUAAGAAGAUUGUUACUGAAUUAAAUUAUUUUUAUUAGGAUUAUUGUUUUCUGUAUAUUAAGAACUUAAAUCAAUUGACAAAGUUUUUUUAUUAUUAAUAAGUAAUGCUCAAACUUAUUUGUUUUGUCCCAUCACUUGACCGUGGUCUCCACAAAUUAUUUAGUAGCUAAAACCGAAGUUGAGGGAGUUUUGAUUUUAAGAAUAAUAAUAAAUAAUAAGUAUGUAUUAA